UAGGAAAGUUGCAAGACAUGGACGGUCACAUCUGAUUCGUGCAGUGUGGAGCAUGGACUGUAUGUGUGUGUUUGCGUGUGUGUAUGUGUGUGUUCUCGAGGAAGCACUCAUUUCACACACCAACCGGAGAGGAAACAUCCUUCCAUCCUCACCAUCUUCUAUCAGGUGUUGUAAUUUCAUCUUUCUACAUUUGUUGUCCAUUUUUUAGUCAUUCAGCCUUGAUUGUGGUCCUCUGUCUACACGGUGAUGUCGUCUCUUCUGAGGGAGGAGAUGCAAAGGGUUUUAUUCCGACCUGCAAAACAGAGACUGAUGGAAUUUAUUGAAAUUGAAGAACCGGAGAUUGGAAGACAUUUCCUCUGCGUCUCAGUUGCAAACAGCAAAAAGCUUGUGCAAUUAUGCAUUGUGCGCUGCCAGAUAACACAGACUCCCAUCAAGUCUGGAUCAAAAAGGGGCCACACCAAACGCUCCAGCAUCCAGGAGUGCUACAGGAGGACAGAAAUUUGGUCCCUGCAAGACCUGACUCUGGUGGAUGGACGAGACCCUGAUGUGGAUGACCCGUUUUUCUUGCUCCACUUUGACACGGUGCGUACAGUGUGCGCCGUCAGCUGCUCAGCCAAAUACGCUUUUGUACGUGCUUUGGUUGCUCUCAGUGAACAGCAUUGUCAGAAGAAACUCAACCUGGACAACUUUGACUGGGCUUACAUCAAGCCCACGUCCUUCUAUUCCAACAGAGGAGACUGUGUCGUGCUGUCACAGAUAUGUUUCUAUGCAUUUAACUUGGUAUGUCUGUCCAUGUGUCCUGUGCCACUGGAAUCAUAAUACAGAUUCACAGUGAUGAGUGUGUUUGUGACGAUAAAUGUGUCAUUGAGUGUUUUCGUGUGUGUGUUUAGGUCAUAAUGCAUGUUAAACGCACAUACAUAACACGCAUUGAGAAGGAAUAAUUCAUUGAGUGGAGCUUGUGUUACAUUACUGAUACUUGCCCAGGGUGAUAUAUUACUAUAAAACAUUUGCAUUCAAACUGAAUGAAUACAGCUUGUAUGUAACUGCCUAUUUCUAAUGUGUAUUAUGUAAAAAAAUAAUGUAAUGUUUUUGCCUGUGUUUUCAGACUAUAAA